UCCUACCCCAACAAACCGCCCACCGUCAAAUUCCUCUCGCGGAUGUUCCACCCCAACGUCUACGCGAACAGCGAGCUCUGCCUCGACAUCCUGCAAAACCGGUGGUCGCCCACAUACGACGUCGCGGCGAUAUUGACGAGUAUACAGAGCUUGCUGCAUGAUCCGAACCCGAAUAGCCCGGCGAAUGCGGAGGCGGCGCAGUUGUAUAGGGAAAAUAUGAAGGAGUAUGUGAGGAGGGUCAAGGUGACGGUUGAGGAGAGUUGGUUGGAUCCGGAGGAGGGGGGGUUGGGGGAGAAUGAGGGAGAGCAGGCGGGGGAGGGAGGGGAGCCGAUGGAGGGACAGCACGCGGGCGGAGCUGCGUCUCAGCGUGUUUGA